CCGCACGUAGCCCCGCCCACAAUCACGUCGAAAUACGAGUGGGAGCAAACUAAGCGGCAACGGAGCAGAGUGUGCUCAAUUUUUACAUUUGACGUCCAAAUCGAACAACGCUUUUCACAGUCAACACCAAAACCCGCAGCGGACUCAUCGAUUGUUGUAUCGUCAAACAAUCCAAGGUUAUUGCAAUGAUUUGCUCAUUGUACCAGAAAACGUCAGGAAAUGUUGUGACUUCCCCUUUAGUGGAUUUGAUGUUUCGAGGGCGACGUGUUGGAUGGAGUGUUAGCGCAGUCCAAUUCGACUGUCUUCCAUUUGCAAGUACUGACCUAGAGAAGACAAAGAGGCUGGAUCUGCUGUUUUGUGCAAGAUGAACCACUCCAACUAAGACUCCGUCUGAAGGACUUCAGAGUGACCAAAAAGGAUAAUGGACGAGCUCCAGGAUGUACAGCUGACUGAGAUCAAGCCUCUCCUGACUAGUAAGAAUGCACGAAACUUUCAGGAUUUUGACUGUCAGGAGCAUGACAUUGAGACUCCUCAUGGCGUUCUUCACGUGACAAUGAGGGGCGUUCCCAAGAGCAACAGACCCAUCAUCCUCACCUAUCACGACAUUGGCCUCAACCACAAGUCAUGCUUCAACACUCUGUUCAACUAUGAGGACAUGCAAGAGAUCACACAGCACUUCGCCGUGGUUCACGUGGAUGCACCUGGUCAGCAGGAGGGCGCACCUCCAUUUCCCAGCGGCUAUCGCUAUCCAACUAUGGAUGAGUUGGCUGAAAUGUUGCCUUCUGUAAUGACUCAGCUCAAGGUCAACAGCGUUAUUGGGAUUGGCGUGGGAGCAGGCGCAUACGUUCUCUCCCGCUUUGCUCUGAACAAUCCCAAUCUGGUGGAGGGACUGGUGCUCAUCAAUAUCGACCCAUGUGCUGAAGGUUGGAUUGACUGGGCAGCUUCAAAACUCUCUGGAUGGACUAGUAACCUGGUUGAUGUUGUCAUGGCUCAUCAUUUCAGCAGUGAUGAGCUAACAGAGAACCAGGAGCUGAUCCAAACUUACCGGUUGCAUAUCGCUCAAGACAUCAAUCAGGACAACUUGGCCCUCUUCUGUGGCUCUUACCAAUAUCGCCAGGACCUGGACAUCGAACGGCCCAUCGUAGGUUUGAAUGAGCAUGCCGUCAACACACUAACGUGCCCUGCUUUGUUGGUAGUUGGUGACACAUCACCUGCUGUGGACGCUGUGGUGGAGUGCAAUUCCAGGUUAAAUCCAACAAAGACCACUCUGCUGAAGAUGGCUGAUUGUGGAGGCUUGCCCCAGGUUGUGCAGCCGGGGAAACUUGCCGAGGCCUUCAAGUACUUUGUCCAGGGAAUGGGCUACAUGCCGUCUGCAGGAAUGACUCGCCUGGCUCGCUCGCGCACCGCUUCUUCUUCAAGCACCACCUCCAUGGACAGCAGUCGCAGCCGCCACAACCUGAACAGCCUGCUGGAGAACAACGCCCCUGCGGCGCUGGACUGCCAGGCUGGACCCCAAACCAUGGAGGUGUCCUGCUAAAGUCGCCGCUUGUGUGUGCUUCCUUCCUUUGUAACUUAUUGACCCUAUCUGGUCCGCUUUCUCUUUCCUUCAAUUCAGUGCCCGCUGGUUCUGUAAGGAACUACGUGAUUUAGAAAAAGAUGUAAUAGCUAUAUAAACAAACAUAUAUUCUUAAAUAUAAUAUUAUAAAGACUACAUUCCUUAACCAUUAAUACUGAUAUAUUCAGAUGUUAGGAACUCACCUUAAUUGUAUUUGUUUUUAGUUUGUUCCAAGGUGUACCGCCCAUCAAUGUUGUUAAUACAAAAUAACUGUUUUUGUCAUUGUAUGCUACAACACUUACUGUUUUAACCUGUGUCUUUACUUUGAAGUUUAAACAUUCUGCCCCUAUGGGCUCUGAACCACUAUAUGUUUGUGUUUUUAAAUUGAAUUGUUAGCUUAAUAGUAAAAUUACAUUAUCAGAAAUCAUUUUCGAUGGCUUUUGAAGAACAAGAAAAAAAAAAUCCACAAACAAGAAUAAUGAUCGAAUACCGAUUCAAUCUUACCAGGAUUUGGAUGACUGAGAAUCUCCGUAGACAUAAAGAUUAAACCAAAUUUUAGGAAACCACAUUCGUAUUUUUUAAUUGAUAUUGUGACAGUAGGUUAAGAAUGACUCGGCCAAUUAUGCUGUCAGACCAACAAAAUGGAGCUACAGAUGGAAGAGGGGUGGUCUGUACUAAAUGUAAACUUAAAAUGCCCGGUUUAAAAAAAAAAAAAAAAAAAAAAGCUUAGAUAUUUAGCAUUAAAGAAAACGUGCUACUGCCUGUUUAACCUUGUUUACAUUUAAUUGUUUUCCCCCAUUUAUAUUUAUAUGUUGUAGUUUUUUUGUUUAUUUUAAUGCAGUGUUUAAACAACCCGUGACAUUCAGCCCAGGGGUUCCUCUCACUUGUCUGCUGACUCUUUUACUUACUCAAU